AUGGUCUCACCAAAGAAGCUUGAGAAGGCCAAGAGUGAUUGGAGCUCUUCGACGGUGCUUGUCCGCAGUCUAGGUCGAAGAAUCCCGGCAGACUGGAUUGGUAGAGAGCUGACUGCAAAAGUGAAGUUCGGCUAUGAGGCCGAGACCUUCCAGCUUGCCGAGGACUAUGUGGCCAUGCGGUUUAGGAGGGAGGAAGAUCGGGAGGCGGCAAUGAUGGGCGGGCUAUGGCUGGUCGCUGGUCAGCUAUUGGUUAUGGAAUGCUGGCAGGCCAAUUUCGUCCUUGGAGUGAACAAGAUCAAUCGACUCUUGGUCUGGGUCCAGUUACCAGGAUUGCCGUUGGAGUUUUGGGCGAAGGACACCAUCAUGGAGGUGGCAGCGGCGGCCGGAAGACCGGUUGCGAUGGACGGUUUCACCGAGAGUCGGAGGAGGAUGGGUUAUGCACAAGUUAAGGUAGAGGUGGAUGCUAGUCUGCCAUUAUGGUCGAGCGUGUUUCUCAGGGGUUGGAGUAACAAAGUCUGGCAGAAUUUUGCGUACGAGAGCCUGCCGGUAGUGUGCUAUCGGUGCGGCCUCAUUGGGCAUGGUGAGGAGGACUGUGGGGCAGCCAACUGGAUGCCAGGCAGGGAGACUGGAGCCGAAACUGGGGGACCAAAGGCAUGGGAUGUCAAGGAGGAACACGAGACUUGGAGACAGCCGACGAGAAGGCUGUUCGGGGAAAGCAACGUCGAGUAUUCGAGCCGUGGCUCACUAUCAAGCAGGUAA